UAUUUGAUGACUUAUAAUGAAAGAAAAAUAUUCAAAUUUGAUAAUAAUUUAAAAUAAAUUAUUUAAGAAAUUGAAAUGCCUAAAGAAAUAAGAGAAGGAUGGGGAAUGUGUGUAUAUAAUAAAGAUACUUUAUUAGUUUCGGAUGGCUCAAAUAGAAUUUUUCAUAUAAAUGCUCAUAACUUUUCUAUUAAAAAAAUUAUAGAAGUACCUUAAUAUAAAAACUUAAAUGAACUCGAAAUGGUAAAAGGAAAUCUUUUUAUUAAUAUUUUUAUGAGUCCUUAUAUAAUUGUUAUAAAUCCGGAAAGUGGAAAAGUUUUAGAAUAAUUAGAUUUUAGUUAAUUAGAAAAAUAGCUUUAUCAAGAAAUUAAUUUAGAUUAUGAGGCAGUUAUGAACGGAAUCGCAUAUCAUGAGGAAACUGAUACUUUACUUUUGACAGGAAAAUUAUGGCCAUAUAUUUAUUAGAUUUAAUUGAUUAAAAGUUGA